CUUGCCUGUUGUGUAAACAACUCCACGAACAGCUGAAGGAAGAUCAUCAAAGACUUUUUGUAGAGAAGUGUGACUCAGCCAUGCAUGCAUCCUCCCUACAGUAUAGUGAAGGCCCUGCUGACUUAAUUAAAUAAUUAAAUAAUGUAAAUGAAACUUUGUCUCUUUCAGGUGAGGGACCACUCGUAUUGAUAAUUUGUUGACUGGACCCCCUGAUUUGAUUUAGAAAAAAACUUCAACUGAACAAAUUGAUCUUAAGUCUGUUGAUGAGGCCACUGUGACAGCGACCCGUUCAUGCCACGGGACUUGCUGAUUUUAAUGACUAAUGAUGAGUAGUCUCGACCCCAGAGGAGAUGAUGAGCUGUCUGAUAGAUAUCCACAUUACAAGACAUACAAGGCUUGUCAGUCCAAGGCUUUUAUGACGGGUUCUGUCACGUUAUUUGGAGCUGCUAUAUGUGUGUAUGUUGUGAUGGAUCACUGGUACCAAAAGUUUAAGCCCAGCAUAACCAGACAGUGGCUGGUGGCUGGCCCUAUCAUGGCCGGCGCGGGAAUAGCCUACGCUGUGACCAUGAACAGAACCUGGAAUUGUCAGAACAUGUGGAUGGCAAUGGAGGAGAGGCAUUCUGCGUUGACCCCUGCGAAAGAGAGGCUAGCAAUGAGAAUAGCUGAAGAUGAGGAGGAUUAGAAGAUGAUGCUGGAGGUGAGGAGGGUUAGAUUAGAGGAUAAUGCUGAAGAUGAGGAUUAGAGGAUGAAGAGGAUUAGGUGAUGGUGGAUGCUGAGGUUGAGGAAGGUUAGAGGACGAAGAGGAUUCAGUGAUGCUACUGAGGAUGAGGAGGUCAGGAGGAUGAGGAGAUCAUAUAUUUCACAACAUAUAUGUGUAACCUUGAUAGAAGCACCUAGAAGACUUUUCUUAUGUUUUCACCCACACAGUCAUGACUUUGAUUGUAGAAAUUGCUGCGCUGACAAAUUUGAAUUUUCACUUCAGCCAUGAAAACUGUCUCUCUGACGAAAAUAGAAAUUCCCCCACAUCUCUCUUUGCCAGUCAGAAUUGUGUCACUCCUGUCGUCGUUAUUGUCACCCCGACUGUCAGAAUCGUCACCUACAGCAUGGAAUUUUACCUAAAACAUCUGAUGCCCAAUUAUUGCUGGUGUAUCUUUGACAAACCUAAUGUUACUCGAUCACUUGAUUAUAAAUUAGUAUUUCACCUCGGGAUGAGAUAUAUUCGCAGUAAUGGUGUUGUUUGACCUGUUUAGUGGUAUUUGGAUGAUGUCAUUAUUGACCAGGUCACAGAGCUGUUUGUGUCCAUUAUAUAUAUGAGAAAACAGCUGUAUACAACAUGCAAUGGGGUCGGCUUCAAUCAAACAUGGUUAAUCAGAGAACGGCGGGAAACCAAAAGAAAAUUUAAUCCAAAAGAAAAUGUAAUCCGUAAUUUUUUUCUUUCCUCUAUUUGAGCAACCUCUCUUAACCAAACGCUCAGAUAAACUGAAAAAUAUUUAGUAGACUCCACUGUAUUUUUGAAGGAAAGAUUCUCAAAACUCCUGACUGCACCCAUUAUUAUGAUUGGAUGUUAUAAAAGGUUUUGUAGCGAUAUAAUAAUGGUAGGCUACUUCAUGUUCAAUGGAAUACCAGGUAUACAUGUGUAAAUAAAUAAAUGAAUGUUUGUUGAAGUGCCAGUAGAAAGUGAAUUAAAAAUAGUAUUAACACUAAUACAUGCAGUUCGAAGUAAUUGUACGUUUAAAUGCAAAAUGUUGCAUUUGGAGGACUAAUGAAUGUUUGAAAUGGUUUUGAUAAUGACACUGAUACAUAUUAUAGUGCAGGAGGUAGAAAGAGACAGCCUAUCUUUUUAAAAUGUAAUAUUUGCUUUAGAACAUUUAACAUGUGUCACUUAAUCAUUGCACAAAAGGAAAUAAUCUGCUUUUUUAUUUUACAGAUUUUGAUUGAUAUAUAUAUAUAUAUAUAUAUAUAUAUAUAUAUGGUAAUUAUACUAUUGCUAAUGUUAUGAUGUCAGAAACUUAAUGGAAUCAUUUUUGCUAGCCUGGAUUUAGCUUUUGUUUUCUUGUGUUGAAGUAAGUAUAUAGUUUGCUCAAGCGUUUACAAGAUUUUUAUACAAGAACAAGAGAGAUGGGCAUUAGCGGAAUGCAUAUUACAUGUAUGUGUGACUGUGCUAUGAUAUAACAUUAGAUUUAUGACUUUUGUAUUAUACCUCAUGAUAUGCUUUGCAGUACUGAUUUCACUGAUUUCUGUGGUUUUGUUGAAUAAAGUUUUCUUGCCUGAUAAUAAGUAUAAUACAGUAGGCUUUUUAAAAAU